ACGUGUGCACCAGAUGGGGAGAGCGAGCCUGAGUUCAUGCCAGAUGACUUCGAAGAAAAACCAGAAAGAGAAAAGAAACACACCAACUUUACUUUAUGCAACGUGUGUAACAUUCAGCUAAAUUCAGCCGCCCAAGCACAGAUCCACUACAAUGGCAAAUCACAUCAGAAGAGAUUGAAGCAGCUCAGCAAGGGGGUGCGAGAAGACGACAACGGUGGAACAUGCCAGAGUCCUGCUCUCCCAGCCCUGGUCCGUCCGUCAGCCCCACCUCUGCAACCAUCGCUGGAUAUUAAACCAUUUCUUCCCUUUCCAAUCGACACUGCUGCCGCAGUCAACCUCUUCCCCAAUUUUAAUGCGAUGGACCCGAUUCAGAAAGCUGUAAUAAAUCAUACAUUUGGGGUUCCUCUUCCUCAUCGAAGAAAGCAAAUCAUAUCAUGCAACAUUUGCCAGUUGAGAUUUAAUUCUGAUAGCCAGGCUGCGGCCCACUACAAAGGCACGAAACAUGCCAAGAAGCUCAAAGCACUGGAAGCCAUGAAAAAUAAGCAGAAAUCUGUAACUGCCAAGGACAGCGCAAAGACUACCUUCACCUCCAUCACUACCAACACCAUCAAUACCAGCUCUGACAAAACAGACAGUACCACAGGGACACCAGCAAUAUCGACGACGACAACUGUGGAAAUCCGCAAGAGCAGUGUUGUGACAACUGAGAUCACCUCUAAAGUGGAGAAGAGCCCCACAACAGCCACGGGCACCAGCUCGUGUCCGUCCACGGAGACUGAGGAAGAAAAGGCGAAGAGGCUUCUUUACUGUUCGCUCUGCAAGGUUGCUGUCAACUCCGCCUCACAGCUGGAGGCGCACAACAGUGGUACUAAGCACAAAACCAUGCUAGAAGCUCGGAAUGGAAGUGGGACGAUCAAAGCCUUUCCUAGGGCAGGAGUGAAAGGCAAAGGACCGGUCAAUAAGGGAAACACAGGCCUCCAAAACAAGACAUUUCACUGUGAGAUCUGUGACGUGCACGUCAACUCGGAAACACAGCUGAAGCAGCACAUUAGCAGUAGAAGGCACAAAGACAGAGCUGCUGGAAAGCCCCCCAAACCCAAAUACAGUCCUUACAACAAACUGCAGAAGGCAGCGCAUCCACUGGGGGUAAAAUUAGUAUUUUCGAAAGAACCUUCCAAACAACCAUGGGCUCCACGAAUUCUCCCGACCCCACUGGCAGCUGCGGCAGCAGCUGCGGCCGUGGCAGUGAACUCCCCCUUCAGUCUUCGAACUGCUCCUGCAGCAACCCUGUUCCAGACUUCUGCACUUCCUCCAGCACUCCUGCGGCCAGCUCCUGGACCCAUUCGGACCGCCCACACUCCUGUGCUGUUUGCUCCUUACUGAAUUCCAAAUGGGAGUCCUUGUACUGCAAUAAUUUUUCAAACAAAAACAAAACAUGAGAACUAUGCAGUGUUUAUUUAUAGUUUAAAGUAUAUCUGAAGAGCCAGGACUUUUGAUAGUGAAUGGAAAAGAUUAUAAAAAGGGUGGGAGUUU